AUGCCGCAGGGCGCCAACGCAAGUCCGUCUUGGUUCGUCAAGGUCAUCAACAGAGUGGUGCACGGUCUGGAGCGUGUGCUUGCUUAUCUGGACGAUGUCCUCUGUUUCGAUGAGGAACCUCUGGGACACGUGCUAAACUUGAUCGAGUUCUUCAAACGACUGCGACAGUACAACCUCAAACUUUCUCCAGGGAAGGCUCGCGUCGGCGCCACGCACGCCAACUUUCUCGGUUACACCAUCUCUCCGGCAGGUGUUAGCCCUGAUGGCGUUAAGGUUAGGGCGCUCACGCACAUACCGCCGCCGACGAACGUUAAGCAGCUUCGGAGCCUUCUCGGUGGACUCAGAUACUACUGGAAAUUCCUCAAGAAUCUCACCACCAAGGUGCGGCCUCUCAACUCUCUUCUCAAACAAGGCGUUCCCUUCAAGUACAUGCCGGGCAUGGUCAAGGUUGUCAAAGCGUUGUUAAGCGAACGCGCUCGCCCCCCGAUUUUGGUCUUCCCGGAUUGGGCAGCAAUCGAGGACAACAGGCGUCCUCUUUGUUUGUGUUUCGACGCGUGUAUCGACGGUUUUGGCGCCUCCUUGGAACAAGAACAGCUCGAUGGCUCGGUGAGACCCAUCGUGUACAUCAGCCGCGCUUAUCUUCCUGCGGAGCGUAACUGGACCGUUUUGAAUCUGGAGGCUGGUGGCAUUGUUUGGGCCAUCAAACGCCUUCGCGGAUAUCUGUGGUCGACCAAGUUCAUCAUCUAUUCAGACCACAAAGCCUUGGAGAGCAUUGGCAAGGUUGUGGAACACAACGCUGGGGUGCAACGAUGGCUCGAAUUCCUGUCCAACUUCCCCUACACCCUAAAAUAUAGGAAAGGUCCGGCAAACGGCAACGCGGAUUUUCUUUCGCGGUUGCCUUUACCAGCACAAGACACUGACAAAACCGGCCCCGACUGCAUUCAUGGUGUCGAUCAAGCGGGUGUUUUCCUCAUUUGGGCUUGCGGGCGCAACUUUCACUCGUCACCUACACCGGAGGUCCCGCUCGACAAACAAGACCACCCGGACCGCCGCGCGUCUGCUGCCGCCAUCCGCAACGCCGGCAUCGGCGUUUUCGUCGACUGCUCUCGCGCCACCGGUUUCUUCGCCGUCAGCGGCGCGCCCUGCAUCCCCGGCUUCGCCCUCUCUACAGGUUUCGCCAGGGACUUCGCCCCUCACGAUGUCCCCUUCGCAGACAUCACCACGGACUGCGGCUGCCCCAGUCGCUGA